AUGGAUAAAAACUUUGGAGUGUGUGGACCAGUUGACAAAGAUCCAAACAGAAUUACAAGAAACUGUGAAAGAUUUAGCGAAAGGCAAAAGAAGUACUUUGAGACUGAACAGAUGGCUCAUGCAGUCAGAGAGAAAGCUGACAUUGAAGCAAAGUCUAAACUUAGUCUUUUUCAAUCAAGAAUCAGUUUACAGAAAGCAAGUGUGAAGUUAAAAGCCCGGCGAUCUGAGUGUAAUUCCAAAGCGACCCACGCAAGGAAUGAUUACCUUCUUACACUAGCAGCCGCAAAUGCACAUCAGGACCGCUACUAUCAAACAGAUUUAGUUAACAUUAUGAAGGUAAUGCUCUUUGAUGGAAAUGUGUAUGACCACCUCAAGGAUUAUUUAAUAGCUUUCAGCCGGACCGAGCUAGAAACUUGCCAAGCUAUACAGAACACAUUCCAGUUUUUACUAGAAAACUCCAGCAAGGUGGUACGGGACUAUAACCUUCAGCUGUUUCUACAAGAGAAUGCUGUGUUUCACAAGCCUCAGCCCUUCCAGUUCCAGCCUUGUGACAGUGAUACUAGUUUAAAAGCCGCCCAACUGGUGGAUAUUGAGCUCUCCCCUGUCAGUGCUCUGAGAAUGACCAUAGCUGAGUCGAAAUUAGAAUCAGAAACUGGUACCACAGAGGAACACAGUCUAAAUAAGGAGGCUCGGAAAUGGGCCACACGUGUGGCACGUGAGCACAAAACUAUUGUUCAUCAGCAGCGGGUUCUAAAUGAUCUGGAAUGUCAUGGAGUUGCUGUAUCAGAACAAAGUCGAGCAGAGCUGGAACAGAAAAUAGAUGAAGCUAGAGAAAAUAUCCGUAAAGCAGAGAUAAUUAAAUUGAAAGCUGAAGCCCGGUUAGAGCUACUAAAGCAGAUUGGGGUUUCUGUGGACACGUGGCUGAAGAGCGCCAUGAACCAAGUAAUGGAGGAACUAGAAAAUGAGCGGUGGGCCCGCCCUCCAGCCGUGACCAGCAACGGCACUCUACAUUCGGUAUGGUUUCUUUUCUUGGAUUUCAUGGACUGACUGUUAUUUGCUCUAUAGCCAAACUUGGUGAAAAUUUAAAAAAAAUAUUAGGAGGUUGUUUCUGUCACUUCAUUUAAACUUAAUAUAGGUAAAAGAAGAGGGAGAAAAAAACAAGUGUAUUAGUGUUUUGUUUUUUAAUACAGUAAAGAAUACUUUGCCAACAAUUGGGCUGUUAGUGUCUGAACACCAAACCCAUUAUUCCAGUUAAAGGUAAAUAGCAUUUUAAUUGAAAGUAGAAGAGAAAACCUAGUGUUUCUGAAGUUCCCAGAGGUCUAGUGACAUGACAUGAA